UUCUCAGCCCGAAAAUGCCCUAGCUCGCCAUCUGCCGCCCCCUUCUCCUCGGCUCUGCUUGUGAGCUUUACUUCGCUAUAAGCGUUGGUCGAACGUGACAAAGCUCUUCUCUUUACUCAUAAUGGGUUUGUUUUCAAAGGCUGCCCCUGAGGGGGAAAUAGCCACGGCCGUAUCAGACAUUGCCGAUGAAAAAGGCAGAACGCACAAGGAUCCUGCUGAAAUUUCAGAGGAGCCUGACUUGAGCAGUGGCGGGGAUGAACAUGUUCAAGAUGGUGUUCAAAAGAUUGAAGCGGCGGCACAGGUCUGGUCGACGCGGAGCAUGGUUGGCGCCUACGCUAUUAUUUGGCUCAUCUACUUCAUCACAUCAAUCGAGGAGGUUGUCACCGGUGCUCUGACUCCUUUCGUCACUAGUUCUUUUCAGCGGCAUUCAUUGACAGCAGCAACUGGUAUUAUGGCUAGUCUUUUCGGCGGACUUACCAAACUCCCGUUGGCUAAGAUUCUUGAUACUUGGGGUAGGCCUCAGGGGUUGCUCCUCAUGUUGUUUAUCUGGGUUAUCGGGUUUAUCAUGAUGGCUGCCUGUAACAACGUUGAGACCUAUGCUGCAGCCCAGGUGUUUUCGUCUAUUGGAGCCCAAGGCGUCAGCUACUGCAUUACCAUCUUCAUCGCCGAUACCACCUCCCUUAUAAACCGACCUCUGAUGCUUGCUUUUGCAACAUCUCCCUAUAUCGCCACCACUUUCGCUGGUGGUCCAAUCGCAGACAGUGUCAUUGCCCAUAUUGGUUGGCGAUGGGGCUUUGGAAUCUGGUCCAUUGUGACUCCGGUUGUUGUCGGUCCUCUGGGUGCACUGUUCAUCUGGAACCACAUCAAAGCUCGCAAGCAAGGGUUGAUUGAAUCAAAAUCUGGCACACUCACUCUUUCCGCUGUCAAGAAAUACUGCAUCGAUGUGGAUAUAAUCGGUAUUCUCAUCCUUGCUACUGGAAUGGCUCUAUUUUUGCUUUCUUUUUCCAUCUACUCGUACCAAGAGGAACAGUGGCGUGCGCCAAUCAUCAUCGCUUUCAUUAUCGUCGGCGGCAUUCUCAUCAUUACCUUUGUGUUAUAUGAGGCAUAUCUGGCGCCUGUCAAAUUCAUCCCAGUAAAUUUGCUGAUGGAUCGAACGGUGUUCUUCGCGGGUAUGAUGUUCUUCUUUGUGUUUGCCAACUCAUCAAUCUGGGGUAGUUAUUUCAGCUCUAUGCUACUUGUUGUCUGGAACACCGGUAUUACCAAAGCCACUUACAUCGGUAACAUUUACCGCGUCGGUUCUUGCUUCGCGGCCCUCGUCCUAGCCUACUUUACUCGCCUCACUGGAAGGUUCAAGUGGACCGCGACUCUGUAUGCGCUCCCUCUGACGCUGCUUGGUGUUGGGCUCAUGAUACAGUUCCGACAGCCUGAUCAGAAUAUCGGCUAUAUUGUUAUGACUCAAAUCUUUGUCGCUUUUGCUGGUGGCCCUAUGGUAGUCGCUGGAGAGAUGGCUAUGAUGGCCCCUUCGGAUCAUCAGCAUGUCGCCGUUAUUAUGGCUAUCCUUGACCUCUUUUCUAGUAUUGGUAGCGCCAUUGGAUCAACGAUUGCCGCCGCCAUCUGGACUGGCACAUUUAAGAAGAACUUGAUUAAGAAUCUUCCAGCUGAUGCUCCCGUGGACGCAAUCUAUGGCGAUAUCUAUACCCAGCUUGGAUACCCCGUUGGUACGCAAAUCCGGCAUGGUAUUGCCAUUGCAUAUGGAGAGUCUCAGCGCCUCAUGCUUAUUACCAGUGUGUGCUUCAUCGUGCUUGGCUGGGGAUGUACCUGGAUGUGGCGCGACAUUAAGCUUCGUGGUCUCAAGCAAACCCGUGGUAAUGUCAUUUGAUCUGAGCAGAAUCAAAUACAACUACCGCCCAUCUUUGUUUACUUGGAAGCAUUCUGUUCAUGUUGCUGUAUUUGGGUAGAUGGCAAAGAUAAUAGCUGAGCAUGGGGUAGCUCUAAAAGUUCGGAAGUUUCUAAGUGUGAUGGAGCUGGGAUAUACUAUAUUAAUUGAGGGGGAAGGAAGUGUAAAAAUACAACAAGUAGUGAUAUUUGAUAAGAUUUGAAGCCUUUCAAAGCAAUAUUAUGGUCAUUUACAUCGUCCCUAUUAUUUGUAUUAUUUGGCAUUAGAGAGGGUAAUUGAAAGAGAUAUUG